AGUUGGGAUUAGGUCUUCAUCGUUCAUCAACCCCAAAAUCCUUUCAAAAAGAGUGUUAUUAGGAAUUAAUGGAGAAGAAAUUCUCUCAAAUCACUCGUACUCACUUCCCUCCAGAUUUUGUCUUCGGAGUUGCUACUUCUGCUUACCAGCAUGAAGGAGGUGCUGCAAAAGGCGGUAGAGGCCCUAGCAUCUGGGACACUUUUACCCAAACUCGGGGCAGAAUUCAUGAUGGAUCCAACGGAGACGUCUCUGCUGAUAUGUAUACCAAAUAUAAGGAUGACAUUAAGAUGAUGAAGAGCAUGGGUUUUGAUGCCUACAGAUUUUCGAUUUCAUGGUCAAGAAUUUUGCCUCGUGGAAGGGUUAGCCUUGGUGUCAACAAACAAGGCAUUGACUACUAUAAUGAUCUUAUCAACACUGUCAUCGCAAAUGACAUGAAACCCUUUGUCACUCUGUUUCACUUCGAUCUUCCUCAUUCUUUGCAACAAGAGUACGAUGGCUUCUUAAGCAGAGACGUGGCGGAGUUCUUCCGGGAGUUUGCAGAGGUGUGCUUUCGGGAAUUUGGUGACCGAGUGAAAUAUUGGAUGACAUUGAACGAGCCAUGGAGUUAUGCUUAUAAUGGAUACGUGACAUACGAAUUUCCACCUGGUCUGGAUCCUGCUUUAACCCCUUCACCUCCAAUUCAUUCUAUUCCGGCAGUCAUUGCACAUGGACCUCCGCCUAUAGCUUCUCAAUAUUAUCUAUACGCAACUCCGACAGAUGUUGUAAUGAAUUCGUCUCCGCCAGCAGCUCUACCACAAACAUCGCCCAAAAUGUUGAAAUUCAUACCCUAUAGGAGUAGACCACAUCACCAUAUUGAGCAACACCAUCGACUUAUUGAGCAACAUGAUCAUCGACUUUUGAAAGCAGUGCCCUCCAAUUCCAUUAUAAAUAAUAUUAGCACUAGUGUCUACAAACUAUACUCGGAGGCAGAUCCACCCAGAGAUGCACAUGCUCCCAACUCGAAUCAAAUUUAUUACAGUGGCUCCAAACGAACGCGGGAUCCAGCCAAAGAUGCAUAUACUGUGGCAAGAAACUUGCUGCUCGCUCAUGCACAAGCUGCUCACUCUUAUAGAACCAAAUUUCAAGGACGUCAAAAGGGCAAGAUAGGAAUCGCACUUAACUUUUUCUGGUGUGAGCCUCACGUGAAAGAUGAUGCUGAUGAUAAAGAAGCAGCCAAAAGAGCUAUGGAUUUUACAUUGGGAUGGUUUUUGGAGCCUGUAUUAACCGGUCAAUAUCCAAAAAGUAUGAGAGAUUACGUCCCUUCUGGAAAUCUGGCAGCUUUCUCAGAUGGUGAAGCCAAGAUGCUCAAGGGCUCUAUUGAUUUUCUGGGUCUAAACUAUUACACAGCCUUUUAUGUUGCCAAUAACCCCAAUCCCAGCCACAAACAAGGCUACAAGGAAGAUCAGCGCCUGGAUCUUAGUUACACUGAUUCCCUUGAGAAGCUAAUAGGCCCACAGGCUGGUUCGGAGUGGUUACACGUAUAUCCAGAAGGAAUUUACAAUAUGCUGAUAAAAUACGUCAACGGCAAAUACAAAGACAAGAUCCCUGCUAUAUACAUCACUGAAAAUGGGGUGGAUGAAAGGAACGACCUAAUGCUUCCACUUAAAGAUGCUUGUGCGGACCGCAUGAGGGAGGACUAUCAUAAACGCCAUCUUGAAUAUCUUCUAAAAGCAAUGAAGGACAAGCAGGUACCUGCGAAUGUUAAAGGUUACUUCGUGUGGUCAUGGUGUGAUAAUUUUGAAUGGGCUGCAGGAUACACAGUCAGAUUCGGGCUUAUAUAUAUAGACUACGAGAAUCAACAAAAAAGAUAUCCCAAAGCCUCAGCCAUAUGGUUCUCUAAGUUUCUGGGCAGUAAGAAACUUGUAGGUGCAAGCAGUAGAUGAGUGAUGGAUUGUCGAAUGUUGAAUAGCGUGUUGUGUCGUGUUCUCUUUUAAUUGUUGUUGUUGUUGUUGUUAAUGGCGCUGAGCAGGUGGAUGAAUAAGUACUAGUGCUAUAGUGGUCGAGAAUGUGCAUUUGCAUCAGCAUAAUUAAAUAAACUGCUCCACCUCUGUCUUGUUUCCUUAAUUUCUUCUACUGUCGUUGAGCAGCAUCAAUUAAUAAAUGUUUUUU